CAGCAGAGAUAAAGAGAUGUCCAACUCUAUUUUCAUUGGAAGUGAGAGCGCACGGACAAACGUCAAAACCUACCAAUCUUUGACAGUUGACUGGAAUCAGUAGGUUUUGACGUUUCGCAAUUGGGAAACUGGAACGGCCAUAUUGAAAUGUUGCUAAAAAAAUUAUACGACAGAGACAUUUUUGAACGCCGUGCAAGAUUACUUAUAAGAGCUUAAAACAAUAAAUAUAAAUAUAAACGCGAAAUUUAAAAGAGGGUAAAGAAAUUUUUUAUGAUAUGCAGCAUAGGGAAAUUAAUUUUUCAUGGAAAAUUGUAAAAAAAUUAUCAAUUGUCAGUUGACAAGUGAUAAUUUUCCUUAUUUAUUACUGAAAGUUCGAAAACAAGCAAUUUUAACGUACCUUAAUAUCGCUAAAAGAAAUUUAAAUAUGUAAUUUUUAUAUUAAAAAUUCAGUAUAAAAUUUUUUUUAACCGUAAUAAAUGUUGGGUAUUUUAAUUUAAAUGCCCAAAAAUUUGUAUUUUGUCUGGUCUGGCAAUAAUGCAAAUUGUUAUAAAAAACGCUUAUUUUGAGGCGCUCUCACGCUGGAAUAAGUUGGACAUCCCUUUAUCCCUGACUGUCAGUUUUUUCAGUUGACAAGCGCGUCGUGAAUUUUUGUGUAGUUUUCGUUUAUUCUCCGUUCAAAUUUCGUGUUUUCGCCAAAAUAAUGCCAUUAAAAUUGUGUAAAAUUAGUACAAGUGAAUAUUCGCUGUGAAAUACAUACGUUACCGUUAUAAAAACGCCGAAAACUUGGCACGUGGGCGUUAAAAACAAGAAAAUCUAGUGUGGCUGAUUGGAGUGAGGCGGCUUUUCCAAUUGGUAACGUCCCCACUGGCGGUGGUACGUGCGUACGCGCGUUUGUGUGCAGGCGAGCGCCUGUUUUUGACAGCUAACAAAAAUCGAUUUGUUUACAUGUGAAUUAUAAAGAAAUUGUGGCAUUUUUAUACAAGAAAAAGUGAUUUGCAGCAAAUUUGUGGCUUUUCAAGUGUCUCAAAGUGCUUAAAGAGUGUGCAGCGCUUGCAUAGUUGUUUGCUAAAUAACGGCGCUUAACCGGCACAUUGUGUUGUUUUUGUGUGCAGUGGCUGCUGACCCUAGCCGGCACAGCGGAGCCACUUUGCGACGUUGACAGCGACUGCAACGUCGACGUCUGCAUUUGUUUGUGUAGUGCUGUGCUGCCGUUUGGCGUAUAUUGCAGUUAAAUUCUGUGAGUUGCAGUGUAUUUUGCAAGAAUGUUGCUAAAAUUUUAGUGCAAUACAAUAAAUUACACACAGCUUAGUGUACAAAACCAGUUUCAACACGCAAAUUAUUGCUUUAACGCCUUUGGUCAGCAUCAAAACAUCAAAGUUACCUGGUCUGGCGGUGAAGUAGUGCGAGUGGUGGUGCGUGGGUGGUUGUACUGCCACCAAGCAGCAUACGAUAUACAUAUGUACGGCGUGUUGUGAAAGAUAAAAUGCCUGAAAAUAGCUUAAAAUAGGCAAUUUAAUAAAACCAGUUUGAUAAAGUAACGCUCGCCAGCGAAUUUUCGGUUUUCAGUGUGUGCCACCGCGCCCCUUUUAGUGUGUUAAAUACGUUAAAUCUGUGGUUUAUCAAAAUAAAACACCACCAAAAGUGUAGCGCGCGUUUUGUGUACAAUUUGUUUUUGUGUUCAUUUGAAUCACUUACCUAUAUAAAACCCACACGUUACAUACUCCAGCGUGUAUGUAGGUAAAUAUGACAGUCUCAAAGCCUAAGUGUUAACAUAUUUUAUGGAUUAUGCUUUGUGUUGUUUCAACCCGACUUGUGUUCUACGUGUGUUACAACAAUAUAUUUUGAUUAUUUAAAAGUGAACUGAACUUGUCAUCAAACUUUUCAAUCACCGAAAUUUUAGUGGGUGUGGCUAGAGCACCAUAUCAACAAGCAACAAGUGUGACUAUCUCUUUUCUUCGCUAGAGACAUUCAAUCAGCAGCAGCCUGAGACAGUAUUAUUCAACUGCUAAACAUUGACUUUAUGAAUUAUUGGUUCCAAAUCUAUUGAGAGCAACAACAAAGGCGGUAUUUUUUCCGAAUAAUAUGCUCCGCAUGCCAGUAGCUACUUGACAAGCGAAACGAGAGCAAAGCACAAGCGAUCGCCUGUCAGCGAGAAAGAGAGCACGAAGGCACUGACAAGAAAACAGUUAGUGGCAAAGCAAAAUAGAAAAAAGAGUGGAAAUUUUGCCAAAUUAAAGAGACAAGCGAAAUUGACAAGUACAGCUUUGAAACGUAUUGAGAGCAGUAGAGAGAUGAUAUAAAAUAAAGCAGAAAUCUACGUUGAAGAUAUGAAAUAUAUGCAUAAGAUAAAAGUGAUGCUAAAUAUGAGCAAACAGAAGAAAGAGAGCUGAAUAAAUUUGGAAAAUUUACUGAAAUAAAAGCGUUAAGAAGGUAGCUGAAACACAAAGCACGAUAGCUUAAGUUGAAAGUAUAAAAUAAAACUGUAAAAUAUUAUUAAGUAAGUUAAAAGUGAUUCCAAGAUAGCGUAUGAAGAGUAGAGAUUACAAUAACAAAUUGAAAGCUCACUGCUGUACUGAAAUAAAUGCAUAAAAAGCUUGAAAGCUCAUUGAAAAGCACAAAAAAGCUUUAAGUGCAGAUCGAGAAAGAGGAUAGAACUGCUAGUUGAUCAGCAAAAUAACGAUCGAUCAUUAUACAACAAGUCAAUAACUGGUGAGAAAUGUAAAAAAGCAAGAAAGCUCCAAAGCAUUGUAAAAAGCUCACCUAAAAAUUAAAAGAGGGAGAGAGAGAAGCAUCUGAAAGAGCUGAAAAGAGCUAUAAACAAUCACUUUAAGAAAACGAAAAUAUAUACAGCAAUAGUAUAUACAAAUAAAUGCCGCUUGAAAGCGAGUAGUGUAAUUGCAGCGGCUACUUCGAAAGCUUUAACGAAAAUUAUAGCGUAAGCAAAUUUGGUUUUCGCAAAAAAAAAGUCAGCAAUCACUUGUCACUUCGUACUUCCAAUUGCCAGAUUCUACGUAAUCCUUACAUUUAUUAUUGUUGUUGCUGCUGCUGUUGUUGCUAUCCGCUCAGAACACAGCUCAACUUAAAAACCAAUAAUAUGGGGCUGCAAAUGGCAGCACUGCCAGCAGCCAACAAUCAUGUUGCAGUCACACAAACACCAACAAACACACUCCGUACACCCACAACCACAGUUAUAGCCGCUAUAGCGCAGACUGUGCGUAAGCUUAACAACGCGAUUUCAGCCACGUCCAGCAUAGCCACACUAUUGCUGUGUAUUGUGUUGUUAACCUGGAGUCCAACAACAAUUGGCGUUGAUGCAGUCCAUCCACCGGAGAUCAUCAAGAAGCCUCAAAAUCAGGGUGUACGCGUAGGCGGUGUGGCUAGCUUCUACUGCGCGGCUCGUGGCGAUCCACCACCAUCGAUAGUUUGGCGCAAAAGUUCUAAGAAAUUAUCUGGCACCCAAUCCCGUUAUACCGUUCUGGAACAACCUGGCGGCAUAUCCAUACUACGCAUUGAACCUGUGCGUGCCGGUCGAGAUGAUGCACCAUACGAAUGUGUAGCUGAAAAUGGUGUUGGUGAUGCUGUAUCGGCUGAUGCUACUUUAACUGUUUAUGAAGGUGAUAAAACGCCACCCGGCUUUCCGGUAAUAACUCAGGGUCCCAGCACACGUGUCAUCGAAGUCGGUCAUACAGCGGUUAUGCAAUGCAAAGCCAUUGGUAAUCCAACGCCCACAAUUUACUGGAUUAAGAAUCAGACAAAAGUCGAUAUGAGCAAUCCGCGCUACUCGAUAAAAGAUGGCGGUUUACAAAUCGAACAAAGUCGCGAAGAGGAUCAAGGCAAAUACGAAUGUGUCGCUGAGAAUUCAGUUGGCACCGAACACUCGAAAGCAACGAAUUUAUAUGUGAAAGUACGUCGCGUACCGCCCACAUUCUCACGUCCACCAGAGCCCAUUAACGAGGUGAUGCUGGGAGCGAAUUUGAAUCUCUCCUGCAUUGCGGUGGGCUCACCAAUGCCACAUGUGAAAUGGAUGAAAGGCGCUCAAGAUCUAACACCCGAAAACGAUAUACCAAUCGGUCGUAAUAUACUACAACUAACAAAUAUACAACAGAGCGCGAAUUUCACUUGCAUUGCGGCUUCGUCAUUGGGACAAAUUGAAGCGACGGCGAUGGUGAAAGUUCAAUCACUUCCAGCUGCUCCGACAGACGUGCAAAUAUCAGAGGUCACCGCGACCUCAGUUCGUUUGGAGUGGUCUUACAAGGGACCCGAAGACUUGCAAUACUAUGUGAUACAGUACAAACCAAAAAAUGCAAAUCAGGCUUUCAGCGAAAUUAGUGGCAUUAUAACGAUGUUUUAUGUUGUGCGCGCCUUAAGCCCAUACACCGAAUAUGAAUUCUAUGUGAUAGCGGUAAAUACGAUCGGACGUGGACCGCCAUCGAAACCAGAGACUUGUACCACUGGUGAGACAAGCGAUUUCACAUUCGGAGGUGCAAAAAUGGAAAGCGCUCCACGUAAUGUACAAGUCCGACCACUGAGUUCCUCAACAAUGGUUAUAACAUGGGAACCGCCAGAGACGCCAAAUGGACAAGUGACCGGCUACAAAGUCUAUUACACAACAAAUCCCAAUCAACCCGAAGCAUCUUGGGACUCACAAAUGGUGGACAAUAGCGAAUUGACAACCAUUUCGGAAUUGACGCCGCAUGCCAUUUACACAGUGCGCGUGCAGGCCUAUACCUCAAUGGGCGCCGGUCCGAUGUCCACGCCGGUGCAAGUGAAGACACAGCAAGGUGUCCCUUCACAGCCUAGUAAUUUCCGGGCCACCGAUAUCGGCGAGACCGCAGUCACAUUGCAAUGGUCGAAACCGACACAUUCCAGUGAGAAUAUCGUACACUACGAAUUAUACUGGAAUGACACAUAUGCAAAUCAGGAUCAUCACAAGCGCAUUUCGAAUACUGAAUCCUAUACGCUUGAUGGUCUCUAUCCUGAUACCCUGUAUUAUAUAUGGUUGGCGGCUCGUUCGCAGCGCGGCGAAGGUGCAACAACACCACCCAUACCCGUCCGUACGAAACAAUAUGUGCCUGGAGAUCCUCAAGAUGUGAAGGCGACUCCACUAAAUUCAACUUCAAUUCAUGUUACCUGGAAACCACCAUUGGAAAAAGAUCGUAACGGCAUUAUACGUGGCUAUCAUAUACACGUGCAAGAAAUGCGUGAUGAGGGCAAGGGCUUCCUAAACGAACCGCUCAAGUUCGAUGUCGUCGAUGCGUUGGAGUACAAUGUGACGGGCCUGCAACCCGAUACCAAAUACUCCAUACAAGUGGCAGCGCUAACACGGAAAGGCGAUGGUGAUCGUAGCGCAGCAGUGAUCGUGAAAACGCCAGGUGGUGUACCGGUACGACCAACAGUGAGUCUAAAAAUAAUGGAACGUGAACCAAUUGUUUCCAUCGAACUCGAAUGGGAGCGACCAGCGCAAACGUAUGGUGAACUGCGUGGCUAUCGUUUACGUUGGGGUGUUAAAGAUCAACCACUAAAAGAGGAGAUACUACCCGGACCACAGAUAACAAAACGGCGCUUCAAUGACUUGGAACGUGGUGUGGAAUAUGAAUUCCGUGUAGCGGGUAGCAAUCAUAUUGGUAUCGGACAGGAGACAGUGAAAAUCUUCCAAACACCUGAGGGUACACCAGGCGGACCGCCCGCAAAUAUAACAGUGCGCUUCCAAACACCGGAUGUAGUGUGCGUCACGUGGGAUCCGCCAACACGUGAACACCGCAAUGGCAUUAUAACACGUUAUGAUGUGCAAUUUCACAAGAAAAUCGAUCAUGGUUUAGGUUCGGAACGUAAUAUGACCGUGCGCAAGGCGGUGUUUACAAAUCUCGAAGAGAAUACUGAAUAUAUCUUCCGCGUGCGCGCAUACACGAAACAAGGUUCUGGGCCAUUUAGUGAUAAGAUCUUUAUUGAAACGGAACGUGAUAUGGGACGUGCGCCGAUGUCAGUGCAGGCGGUAGCCACAUCCGAGCAAACGGCUGAGAUCUGGUGGGAACCCGUGCCAUCACGUGGCAAAUUGCUGGGCUACAAGAUUUUCUAUACCAUGACAGCUGUUGAGGACUUAGAUGAAUGGCAGACAAAGACAGUGGGUCUUACGGAGUCAGCCGAUUUGGUUAAUUUGGAAAAGUUUGCACAGUAUGCUGUGGCGAUAGCGGCGCGUUUCAAGAACGGUUUGGGACGUCUGAGCGAAAAAGUCACUGUUAAGAUAAAGCCCGAAGAUGUGCCACUAAAUUUGCGCGCUCAUGACGUUAGCACACAUUCCAUGACGUUGAGUUGGUCACCACCUAUACGGCUAAAUCCGACUAAUUACAAAAUCUCUUUUGACGCGAUGAAAGUAUUUGUGGACUCGCAGGGGUUUACGCAAACGCAAAUUGUACAGAAACGUGAUAUUAUUUUGAAACAUUACGUGAAAUCGCAUACAAUCAACGAGCUGAGUCCUUUCACAACGUAUAAUGUUAAUGUAAGCGCCAUACCACCGGACUACUCUUACCGCCCGCCAACUAAAAUCACCGUUACAACACAAAUGGCUGCGCCGCAACCUAUGGUGAAACCCGAUUUCUAUGGUGUAGUAAACGGUGAGGAAAUAUUAGUGAUAUUACCGCAGGCAUCCGAGGAGUAUGGACCCAUCUCACAUUACUAUCUUGUUGUGGUGCCUGAGGAUAAAUCGAAUCUGCAUAAGAAUCCAGAUCAGUUCCUAACUGAAGAUUUGCUGCCUGGACGUAAUAAACCCGAACGUCCGAACUCGCCUUAUAUUGCCGCCAAGUUCCCACAACGUUCCAUACCCUUCACCUUCCAUCUCGGCUCCGGUGAUGAUUAUCACAACUUCACCAACCGUAAGCUGGAGCGCGACAAGCGUUAUCGUAUUUUUGUGCGCGCCGUUGUCGAUACACCGCAAAAGCAUCUUUACACAUCCAGUCCGUUCUCGGAAUUCCUCUCAUUGGAUAUGCGUGAAGCGCCACCUGGCGAACGACCACAUCGUCCCGACCCGAAUUGGCCAUCCGAACCAGAAGUGUCUGUCAAUCGCAACAAAGACGAACAGGGUAUGUGGUGGGUAGCGCUACCCGUUGUUGCCGCACUCAUUUUCACCAUAUUCGUUACCUGGUGUAUUGUGCGUCGUCGUCGUCAACCAUGUAAAACACCCGAUCAAGCUGCUGUCACGCGUCCAUUGAUGGCAGCCGAUCUGGGUGCCGGCCCCACACCUAGUGAUCCCGUCGAUAUGCGUCGCUUGAACUUCCAAACUCCCGGCAUGAUUUCGCAUCCGCCCAUACCAAUUUCCGAAUUCGCCAAUCACAUUGAACGCCUCAAAGCGAAUGACAAUCAGAAAUUUUCGCAAGAAUAUGAGAGCAUCGAACCGGGACAACAAUUCACAUGGGACAAUUCCAAUUAUGAUUAUAAUAAAUCGAAGAACCGUUACGCGAAUGUAACCGCUUAUGAUCACUCGCGCGUACAAUUGCCGCUGAUGGACGGUGUUAUCGGUUCGGAUUAUAUAAACGCCAACUAUUGUGAUGGCUAUCGCAAGCAUAAUGCUUAUGUGGCAACUCAGGGACCAUUACAGGAGACUUUCAGUGACUUCUGGCGCAUGUGUUGGGAAUUGAAAACCACCACCAUCGUUAUGAUGACACGUCUAGAGGAACGUACACGCAUCAAAUGCGAUCAAUAUUGGCCGGUGCGUGGCACGGAGACUUAUGGACAAAUGUUUGUCACGAUCACCGAAACGCAAGAGCUCGCCACCUACAGCAUACGUACAUUCCAGUUAUGUCGUCAAGGUUUUAAUGAACGUCGUGAAAUCAAACAAUUGCAAUUCACCGCCUGGCCCGAUCAUGGCGUACCCGAACAUCCAGCACCAUUCCUACAAUUCUUACGUCGUUGUCGUGCGCUCACACCACCCGAUUCGGGUCCAGUUGUGGUACACUGCUCGGCUGGUGUCGGACGUACUGGUUGUUAUAUUGUUAUCGAUUCGAUGUUGGAACGCAUGAAACAUGAGAAGAUCAUUGACAUUUACGGACAUGUGACUUGUUUGCGCGCACAACGUAACUACAUGGUACAGACUGAGGAUCAAUACAUAUUCAUACAUGAUGCCAUCUUGGAAGCCAUCAUUUGUGGUCUCACCGAGGUGCCGGCACGCAAUUUACACACCCACCUACAAAAGUUACUACUAACCGAACCGGGUGAAAAUAUCACUGGCAUGGAAAUGGAAUUUAAGAAACUCUCCAAUGUUAAGGUGGACUCAUCGAAAUUCGUCACCGCUAAUUUGCCAUGUAAUAAGAAUAAAAACCGUUUGGUACACAUACUACCGUAUGAAUCGAGUCGUGUCUACCUUACACCCAUACAUGGCAUCGAAGGUAGUGACUACAUCAAUGCUAGCUUUAUUGAUGGCUAUCGCUAUCGUUCGGCUUAUAUAGCCGCUCAGGGUCCUGUACAGGAUACUGCUGAAGAUUUCUGGCGUAUGCUGUGGGAGCACAACUCCACGAUUGUUGUUAUGCUCACCAAACUUAAGGAGAUGGGCAGAGAAAAAUGCUAUCAGUAUUGGCCACAUGAGCGUUCUGUACGCUAUCAGUACUACGUGGUGGAUCCAAUCGCUGAAUAUAAUAUGCCACAGUAUAAACUACGCGAGUUCAAGGUUACCGAUGCACGUGAUGGCUCCUCACGCACCGUACGCCAAUUCCAAUUCAUCGAUUGGCCCGAACAAGGUGUACCCAAGUCUGGUGAAGGUUUUAUCGACUUUAUCGGUCAAGUGCAUAAGACAAAAGAACAAUUCGGGCAAGAUGGUCCCAUUACGGUGCAUUGUAGCGCUGGCGUAGGACGCACUGGUGUCUUUAUAACACUCAGUAUUGUAUUGGAACGUAUGCAAUAUGAGGGCGUAUUGGAUGUAUUCCAAACGGUGCGCAUAUUACGCGCUCAACGCCCGGCAAUGGUGCAAACGGAGGAUCAAUAUCAUUUCUGCUAUCGCGCCGCUUUGGAGUAUCUCGGCUCAUUUGAUAACUACACUAAUUAAGUUGGCAGCUAUUCAGCUUCAAUUCUAAACAACAUACUUGUUAGCUACAAUACAGCGUAAAGAACUCGUUAUUGAAAUACAAAAAAUUAAAAAUUCUUCAGUCGCACUUCAACUUUAAUUUGGUUGAAGAAAAGUGGUUAUUCCGAAAGCUGGUUUUGCGCCUAAAAAGCUGCUACGUCUUUAGUGAAAUUACUUAAUUCCCUGCAUUAUCAUUAGAACCAGUCUUAUAAGUUUGCUUUUCAACUGGUUCCAACUUGUAUAAACGAAAUUAAAACACGCCACAAAACAACAAGAACAAAGAACAAAACGUAUCGCUAUUGUAUUCACUAAAUACUAAGUUAAAUUGCUUAGAUUUAUAAGCACAAAGCAAGUUAUCGAAAAAAGAACAAAAUAAUUUAGUAAAAUAUACGUACAUACCAACAUAUGUAUGUACUAACAGGCGUUUGUAUGUAUGUAUCUAGUUGUUAAGUAAUUUAGUUGUUAAUUAUAUUAAGUUAAGUAAAAAUGUAAUAUUAAAUUGAAUACAUACACACCAUCUCGCUAAUUUAGCAAGCAUACAAUUUGAUUAGUCACCUAACUGCCCCCCAACACAUACAACACACAUUUGUCUUUUAAGUUAUUUGUGAACUAAAAAGACUGUUAUGCAUUAAAUUGAUUGACUAAAUCAGUAAUAUUUACUAAAUGAUUCAUGCAAUGCAUUAGCUGUACUAAUGAUGAUUAUACUUAAAUGAAAUUGCGUAUAAAUUUUAACUAUACUAAGGGUUUAAUUAACUGACAAUUGUUUUUUAGAUUUUCAAUUGCGAGUAAAUUUCAAAGAAAAAUAAUUCAACUUUAAAACAUGCUUAAUUUAAACUAAUAAGCACAAUCAAAAUUAUGUCUGUAAUAUGUUAAUAGUAAACGAUUAGUUAAUUUGUCAAACAAAAAAGUUUGUUGUAGUCUUUAGAAAUGCGCAUGAUUUCUUGUGACUAAAUGUUUUGUGUCUAAUAACCUGUUUAGAGGUGCGAUAUAUUAGACGUGAGUAUGCCAAGAGAUUGUGUUUAUUGAUUGAAGAAAUUUUAAUUAAAAAACUUUAAUGAAAUUAAUUAUAUUUUAUGUUCUAUAUUUUAAUGCAAUUUUAAUUUUGUACUUACAAUGUGCUUUGUAUGAAAUUCUUUUAAAUAUUAUUUUUUAAUUAAAAUAUAAUUAGCAGAAAUAUUGUUUUUUAAGACAUUUUAGUAUUAUAUAAUUUAAGUUUGGCAGCAAUUAACCAUUUUGAAUCUCAUUGCAAAAGUCAAUAAUUUAAUUUAGCAGCGAAAGCAUAUCUUAAUUUUAUAUAUAUUUUUUUAGGUUAUGUUAAAACAAUUAUUGAAAAAGUGUAAUAUUUUAACAAUGGCUUAUGUUAUGUUAAAAUAAUUAUUGAAAAAGUGUAAGAUAACAGUAUUUCUUAACUUAAUUUUUUUAAAUAAUAUGUAAUUCAUUUAAAGUAAUUUAUUUUUUUGGCAACUUUUGACAACAAAAUAAAAAAAAAUGAACAGUAGUCAACUUAUCAUUAAAUAUUUUAAUAUAUUUACAACUAAAAUUAAAACGACAAAGUCUUCUAGAACAUACAACAGGCAGUCCACUAAUAUUAAAUUAAAAUAUUAUAAUUUUAAUGUAAAUAAUAAAUAUUUAUGUAAAUUCGAUAUAAUUUUAGUUUAAGAGCUAAAAUCACAACAAGAAAACCUUAUAAAUCAUUAAUUUUGUGGUUGAAAAAUAUUAAUUUCAUUAACAAUAUUUAUAUAAUUUGUGUAAGUGAAUUCUUUAGUGAAAAAAAUAUUAAUUUUGCUAACAAUUUUUAUAUAACUUAUAUAAGUGUAGAAAUUUAAUUUGUUUAAAAAUUAUAAUUAUUUUUUAUUUUUACAUUAUACUUUACACACAACACAAUAUAAGUAAAAAUACAAAACCACAACGACCAGGCAGCUCUUCCGCAGCAAUCACUUUGUAAGGACUUUGAAAUGAAACCGAUAAGAUUUUGUAAAAAUAGUAAACAAUAAUAUAACUAGCAAAAGGCAAUAGUUGAAAUAUUUAUAUGAAAAUGUAAUAAGCAAUAGUAAUAUGUGGAGUAAAGUAUUACUGUGAAAUAGUGUAUGAAGAUAUUUUCUUUGUGUUCGAUAAUUAUUUUUUAUGAAAUAGUGCAUUAAGUUUUAUAUUAUAAUAAAUUAGUUUUUAGGUAAAAAAAUAUUUCUAACUUGCAUUUGAUUUUAUUAUUAUUUUUUAAACAACAACUAAUUUAAUAAAUUUAAUUUUUUAAGAUUUGAAGCUUGCAAACAAUUUAAAAUGAAAUUAAAAACAAAAAAAUGCGUAAAUAUUUACUAAAAACGCAAUUUGUCCAAAAUAUUACAAAAAUACGGAAUAAAACAACAAAAAUGUACUAAAAGAUAUUAAUUUUGAUUUUUUUGAUACUAUAACACGGAAUAUUAAAUUGAAAAUUUUUGCAUUAAUUAAAAAGUUAAAAAAAUUACCUUUAUUAUUAAUUAUUUUAUUUGAAUCCACAAAAAAAUAAUUAGAAUUAACUCCUUUUUCUCUAAAUUAAUGUUUUUAUGCCAUCUUAAAUGAAAUUAAAAGCUUACUAAAAUUUCCAAUUGCAAUAAAAAUUACAAAAAAUUAAAAAAACACUUAAAUGAAUAUCUAAAAAUUAUUUUUUUUAUUAUUUGCCUUAAAAAUAUAUAUAGUAUCUUGCCUUAAAUGUGAAUAUGCCAACCCUUAAUUCAGUUCUAUUCUUGUUUUUACCACGUUCUGCCUUAAUUAAUUUAAGUUCCCUUUAAUAAAGAUAACUUAUGCAAUUUUUAAGUUAAUUAAUGUAUAAUUAUUUGUAUAAAAAAUGUGUAUUUUAUGUUUUGUAAAUUUUCAAAUAAAAUAAAGCG